AUGGAGAAUUUAUCGAUAUCAGACGCCCCUCCGCAAGGGCCCGGUCCGGUGCUCGGCGCAGGGCCGGGCCGCGUCCCUCCGCCCACCCAAGCCCAGCUUCCCGCCCAGAUGUUUACUACGGCUGCACAGCUCCUUGACCUGACAGACAAAAAGCUCCUGAUCGCUCUCCGAGACGGGCGCAAGCUGACCGGCGUGUUGCGAAGCUGGGAUCAAUUCGCCAACCUCGUCCUGCAGUCCACCGUCGAGCGUCUUUUCGUACCCCCGAGCCCGAGCACCGGAGAACGCGGCCUCUACGCGGACAUCUCCCGCGGUCUAUUCCUUGUCCGCGGCGAGAACGUCUUGCUUCUAGGGGAGAUCGACCUCGACAAGGACGAUGACCCACCCGCGGGCUACGAUAAGGCUGAGCUCCAGGUGGUAGAGGCACUGUUAAAGAAGCGCAAGGCGGAGGAGAAGGCCAGGGAGAAGUCGCGACUAAAGAAGCUUGCCAGUCUUGGGUUUGAAGGCGAGCACUCUGGCGAGAUCAUCUUUUGA